AUGCAGAAGGCCUUAGAUCCUGUGAGGGUGAUUCAGGAUAGGCUCAGGACAACCCAGAGUAGACACAAGAGCUAUAUGGAUCGUAGGGGCCGACCAUUGAGAUUUGCCAUUUGUGACAGACAUCGGUAUGUUCCAGACGAGUCACAUGUGCUUCAGUAUGACUCAGUUGACUUGGAUAAUCGUUUGAGCUAUAUUGAAGAGCCAGUAGCUAUUUUGGACAGAGAUGUCAGACAGUUGCAUUCUAGAGCUAUCCCUGUGGUUAAGGUCUAUUGGAGGCAUCGUCCAGUAGAUGAGGCUACCUGGGAGACUGAGCAUGAGAUGCAGGCAUAG